AUGCCAGCUCUUUUUUUCUGCGACAUACUUCUUGGAAGAAGACUGCGAACAACCACCGGACAUUUCGACGAGCAACAUCCUCGCAGCUUCGGAGAAAGGGUGUGCAGCUUCCGGAUCGGUAUGUUCAACUUCAGGACGAUGCAGAGGAAGGAUCCGCUCGGACCUCCGAGCGAGGACGAUCGAUCCCGAGCCGCAGCCAUCCACUAUGAUGGGGCAGCAUCUGCAUCGUACCAACACGAUCGUCCCGGAGACGCUGUCACUGCUUCAAAGCCAGCGCAAGAAACAAGAUUAUUUCCAUCGGAACCAUUAGCAAGCUCUGGCUCGUCUGCAACAACGAGCUCCGGCCCUAGCUCGUUCCUUUCCGGCCUCAUUGCCGAUAAUCCCAUCUUCUCAGGAGGGCUAGGGUUGAUGGUUUUCGGCGGUGCGAUUGCCAUGGCCAGAAGAGGCGUCAAGGUAGCUGCGUCUAUGGCGCAAAGAAGGUUAUUGAUAUCUCUCGAGAUCCCAUCGAAAGACCGAGCGCAUCCAUGGUUCCUGCACUGGAUGGGUGCCCAAGCACAAGCGCAGGCCAUGAGGCAGCGCGGCUUGUUGGGCAAGCAGCAGAAGGAGGGGCUCGUCGACUUUCUCGGUCUACGCGAUCGUUCCGCGGAAAGAUCAUCGGCUGCUACCAGCAAGGACAAGGUGAAUAAUCCUCUGGUCAUCGCUUCGAGCGGCUCUUCAGUCUCGCCUGUCCGCAUCCUCAGCCACGAACUGUCGGUCGAGACCAGUUACACCGCGCAUGCAUCGGCGUCCACGCCGAAUGCCGAAGCCGCCGAACGGGGACAGGCUCGUUUCUCGCUGGUGCCUGGUCCUGGAACGCAUUGGUUCAGAUAUCGCGGCGUGUGGAUGCGCCUGACGCGCGAGCGGGAUGGCAAAAUGGUCGACCUGUCCACAGGUGCACCGUGGGAGACGGUGACGCUGACGACGCUGUUCGCGUAUGCACACCUGUUUCCUCAGCUUUUGGACGAGGCGAGACAGCUGGCGCUUUCUUCGACGGAAGGCAAGACGGUGAUCUACACGAGCUGGGGACCCGAAUGGCGCCCGUUCGGUCAACCGAGAAGGACGAGGGAGCUUGGCAGCGUCGUGCUAGGCAAGGGCAAGAAGGAGGCUAUCGUCAAUGACGUACAGCGCUUCUUGUCGCGCGAUCGAUGGUACGCAGAACGCGGCAUUCCAUACCGUAGAGGGUACCUUCUGCACGGAGCACCGGGCAGCGGAAAGUCGUCGUUCAUCACCGCGCUAGCAGGGCAUUUGGAUUUCAACAUUUGCCUUCUCAACCUGUCGGAAAGGGGCCUCACCGACGACAAGCUGAACCACCUGCUUUCUAACGCCCCCGAUCGCUCAAUUCUGCUGUUGGAGGAUGUCGAUGCAGCUUUCCUGGGAAGGCAGCAAGCCGCUGAGGAUGGGUAUCAGGCGUCGGUGACAUUUUCGGGUCUGCUGAAUGCUCUCGACGGUGUAGCAAGCGGAGAAAGCCGGAUCAUCUUCAUGACCACCAACCAUAUCGAGAAGCUGGACCCGGCGUUGAUACGACCAGGUCGAGUCGACAUGAUCGCCGAGCUGGGCGAUGCCGAAAGGGAGCAGGUGGAGGAACUGAUGGUGCGCUUCUAUCGCACCACAAUGCGCGAGCUCAACAUCAAGCACGCCGGCAUCGCACCAAACGCUGUAGAAGCUUCGAAGCCACUCCUGGCAGCAGCAGCUGGGCUGACCGAUUCGGCAUCGACAGUGGACUCUUACAAGAGCUUCGAAGCAGUGCCUGGUCUUCGGAAGGCUGUCGAAGAGGCAGAUCGAAAAGUGCUGGAGCUUGCUAGUCGAUUUGCAGUUACUGUUGAGGCCGAGGCGGUCGCACGUCGCACCGCGCUGGGGCUUGGUCCUGAUGGCCGACAGAAAGAUGUCGGUUUGGCUGCUCCAGCGGCCGCGACCGGAGAUGCCGAAACUGCCACUGCGCCAAGUCCCACUCAGCGUAUUCAUCGACCGGCACCUGCCGCCAGCGGGGGCGUCAGCAUGGCUGAGCUGCAGGGACUCUUCAUCCGCUUCCCCGACCAUCCCGAAGCUGCGGUCGAGGCGUUCAUCAACGAGAAUGCGUCUCGACGUAGCGCGGUCAGCGCUUAG